AUGUUCAUCUGUUUCCUUUUCCAGUACUUCCUCCUAUUUUUCCUGCUGUUCGCUGUGAUCUUCCUUGGUACCAUUUUGGGUUACAUCUUCCACGAUCGCGCCAUGGAGUCGUUCAAGGAGACCCUUUACCACUCAUUGACCCAGUACGGUCGGCGCCGAAUGAUGACCAUUUCCUGGGACAUGACCCAGGAGGAGCUGCAAUGCUGCGGAGUGGAAAGCUUCGUCGAUUGGCGCGAUCGGAUUCCGGACUCGUGCUGCCAAGAUGAUUAUGGUGGGCGCAAGCGACCCUGCCAGGAGUUGCAGACAUCGUUGACGAUCUUUAGGGACGGCUGCUACGAUUCGAUCACGAAGGAACUGCUGAUGAACGCGGGAAUGCUGGGGGUGGCAAGCCUAGGACUGGCAUUCGCCAUGGUUCCGGCCAUGUUGAUGGCCUACUAUAUGUUGACGGUGCUUUGAAAAAGGGAGAUAAGGGAAGAGGGUGAUGAAAGGGUAGGAAAUGCGCACAGCUUCAUUCAAAUGGCAUAUAGUGCUUUUCGGAAAAUGUUAAUUCUGAAAAUGACCAGAAAAGUCUCAUUUUGGCAUGCAGUAGGAAAAAUACGCGCACAGUAGAAACUAGUAGAAGCAUUUGUAGAAGUACGACGAAUGGCACAUCAUAUACGCGUAUUGUAAGAGCCCUUAGAAAAGUAUGUAUAGAGGCAUGAAGUAGAUUAAAGUCAAUAACACUGCGCAACACUAGAUUGCGCUUCAAGAUGAAACCAAAAAUUAACCAAGGUUUGUGGUCUAUAGUGACCUCUGGUGAAAUUUGUUUUGAAAAUAAUUCGAACGAGACUUCAAAAUUCUAGAUGCAAGUUUGUAUGGAAAAUUAGGGAUGUUUAAGGUGUCAUCAACCCGGCACUGCAUUUAUGUUUCUUCAGUACUGUCGUCGUUUUUCAAUUGAUUUUGAUAUUGCAUUUUUUCUAGAAUUAGGCUUUAAACAAAGUACCAGUUUCUAAACUAGAUACGAUGCUAUUAAAGAGACGUAGAGGAAAUAUAAUCAAUUCUGGCUUUACGGACAGCACACGGAAAAAAUCUUGUGAGACCUUGAAGCUACUGUCAGUAUGAGCAAUUAAAACGUGUGCUGCAAUUGAAUAUCCUGCUUUCUUCAGCACCAUUGCCAUAUUUUAGGUUAGUCUAAAUAAUUUACAAAUCGUCACGUGGCCAUCUAACAAAUAAAAAUAAAGUCAUCACAAGUAUUUUCAACAUGCCUACCUGCUAUGCGACAUGUAUUUAUAAUUACGAAAAUCAUGUUUUAUUUUAUUUGAAAGAAAUAACAUUUGUGCCUACGCACUUAAUU